AUGCCGCGGCUCGGCGGGGGCUGGCCGGCGGCUCCGUGCCUCUCCCCGGCCUCCGCUGCCGUCCUGUUGGGCGUCCUGUGCCUGCCCGGGGCGCCGGCCUCCUCCCUGCUCACAGGAUCAGUUGCGAAAUGUGAAAAUGAAGGGGAAAUUCUGCAGAUACCUUUUAUCACAGACAACCCUUGUAUAAUGUGUAUAUGCCUGAAUAAGGAAGUGACAUGCAAAAGGGAGAAGUGUCCAGUGCUCUCCAAGGACUGUGCUCUCGUCAUUAAGCAGAGAGGAGCUUGCUGUGAGCGUUGCAAAGAUUGCAGUUUUGGAGGACAUAUGUACAACAGCUCCAUGCAAUGGCACCUCCCAAGCAAUCCCUGUGUUACAUACCAGUGCCAGGAAGGAGUGAUAGUAGAAUCAGAAGUACAGUGUGUUGUUCAUUGCAAAAACCCUUCCAAACACAGAGGAAUGUGUUGUCCUGUGUGUCCAGGUUGUGUAUUUGAAGGAAGACUUUACAAUGAAGGAGAAGAAUUCAUGCCUGAAGGAAAUAAAUGUACCAAGUGCUCUUGUAUUGAUGGCAGGACUCGGUGUAUCCGAGAAGUCUGCCCCAUUCUCUCAUGCCCCCAGCACCUCAGUCACAUUCCUGCUGGACAGUGUUGCCCCAAAUGCUUAGGACAGAGGAAAGUAUUUGACCUCCCACUUGGAAGCUGCCUCUUUCACAGCAAUGUGUAUGAUAAUGGUUCCUCAUUUAUAUAUGACAACUGCACAGCAUGUACAUGCAAGGAUUCAACAGUGAUAUGUAAGAAAAGGUGCUUCCUUCCUGGUGAAUGCAAUAAAAACAAAGACCACUGCUGCAAGGAGUGUGUCUCAUACAUCUCUCCUGAGGAGGUGAAAGUGUGCAAGUUUGGCAAUAAGAUCUUCCAGGAUGGAGAGAUGUGGUCCUCUGUGAACUGUACCAUCUGUGCUUGUGUGAAAGGCAAGACAGAAUGUCGCAAGAAACAGUGCAUUCCAGUCAGCAGCUGUCCUCAUGGUAAAAUCCUGAACAGAAAAGGAUGCUGUCCGAUUUGCACUGAAAAGCCUGGAGUUUGCACUGUAUUUGGAGAUCCUCACUACAACACUUUUGAUGGACGGACAUUUAACUUUCAGGGAACAUGUCAGUACGUUUUGACAAAAGACUGCUCCUCCUCUGCCUCGCCCUUUCAGGUGCUGGUGAAAAAUGAUGCCCGUCGGACCCGUUCUUUCUCCUGGACAAAGUCAGUGGACCUUGUGUUGGGCAGAAGUAUAAUCAGCCUCCAGCAGCACCUCACAGUGAAGUGGAAUGGGACCCAAAUUUCACUACCUUGUGAGACACCACAUUUUCAGAUCAAUUUGGAUGGUUAUUUGCUGAAAGUGACAACCAAAGCAGGCUUGGAAAUCUCAUGGGAUGGAGACAGUUUUGUGGAAGUCAUGGCUGCACCUCAUCUGAAAGGCAAACUUUGUGGUCUGUGUGGCAAUUACAAUGGGCACAAGCGAGAUGAUCUGAUUGGGAGGGAUGGGAAUUUCAAGUUUGAUGUGGAUGACUUUGCUGAAUCCUGGCGUGUGGAGUCCAAUGAGUUCUGCAGCCGCUUGCUGAGAAAACCUGUACCUGAACUCUGUCAUGGGGCAGUCAGGGUGAAACUCCGAGCUCACCGGGAAUGCCAGAAACUCAAAGCGUGGGAGUUCCAGAGCUGUCAUUCAACAGUGGAUUAUACCACAUUUUAUCGGUCCUGUGUGACAGACAUGUGUGAGUGUCCAAUCCAUAAAAACUGCUACUGUGAGUCAUUCCUGGCGUAUGCCCGAGCCUGUCAGAGGGAAGGGCUGAAAGUCCAGUGGGUGCCGGAGCAGAACUGCGCAGCAACCCAAUGUAAACACGGUGCAGUUUAUGAUACCUGUGGUCCAGGAUGUGUCAAAACAUGUGACAACUGGAAUGAAAUUGGACCAUGCAACAAGCCCUGUGUUGCAGGGUGUCACUGCCCGGCAAAUUUAGUUCUUCACAGAGGAAGAUGCAUCAAACCAGUCCUGUGCCCUCAGCGGUGA